GUGUAGCGGGCCUGUUUAGUUUGAUUGUACUUAUAUGAGAAUAUUGAUCUACUUAAUUCCCAUCAGAUUUUCUGUGACCAUGAAGAGCAGUUGGAUAUUUCUGUGUGGACUUUCUCUUUGUACCUGGUCUAUCCAAGGAACCUACAUAUAUGGAGGAUGUGAGUGUUUAACUUGUUGUCUUUCCUCUCACUUUGCCUAAUGAAUAAUAUCAACAUCCUAAAUUAUUUUAGUUAUGUCUGCAUAUAUAAUCAGCCUUAAGCAUUUUCAAAUAGGUUGUUGCUCUUGAAUUGGGGACAGGAAUUUAGAAUUAUUUGACCUCUUUCAGACUCCGAGGAAAGGAGGUAGCCGACAAAAAACACAAUUUUAGCUAAUUGGCCUGCCUGCAGCAGUUGUUGUGUUCCUGUAAAUCUAUAUUUGUGUUUUCUGUCUUUGUAGCUAAAGUAGAUAUCAAAAUGACACAUUUGAUCUAAGGAUAUUUACCACAGGGAUGCUUUUAGAAGAAAGGGGAUUUAUGAUUGGAAGAAACAUGAUUGUACUACAGAGUUACAGAGACUAUACUAUAUUACAGGGGCAGGGGGACCUGAUCCUAUUGUGGUCCUCUGUAGCUCAAUUGGUAGAGCAUGGCGCUUGUAACGCCAGGGUAGUGGGUUCGAUCCCCGCGACCACCCAAACGUAAAAAUGUAUGCACACAUGACUGUAAGUCGCUUUGGAUAAAAGCGUCUGCUAAAUGGCAUAUUAUUAUAUUAUUAUUAUUAUUACUAUAGUCUAUGAAGGUCUCAGUAGAUCUUGAUGUGAAACUGGAUAUGUUUACUUGUGGUACUCUUAGCAAAGUCCUCAACACUUUCCUUACUGUGUGGUGCAGUGGUAAAUAUAUCUAAAGUGACUUAGUCAUGCGCGCAUACAUUUUACAUACGGGUGGUCCCGGAAAUCGAACCCACUAUCCUGGUGUUGCAAGCAUUAUGCUCUACCAACGGAGCUACAGAGGACCACCCGUGAUAAGGUGUGGCAGAUAUACAUUUUGAAUCAAGUUGCUGAGGUGAGAUUUGUUGAGCCUUUUUUUUGUUGAGAGAUUUGUUGAACCCUACCGACCUGGAAGCCCUGAAUCACUGCAUUGUUGAUGGGUCUGUCCCAAAUGGCACCCUAUUCCCUAGAUAGUGCACUACUAUGGGCCCUUCCCAAAAGUAGUGCACUAUAUAGAAAUAGGGUGCCAUUUGGGAUGUAGACAAUAACUCAUGUCUCCUCUUAGGGCAGCAUUUCCCAAACUCGGUCCUGGGACCCCAAUGGGUGCACAUUUUGGUUUUUGCCCUAACACUACACAGCUGAUUCAAAUAAUCAACUAAUCAUCAAGCUGUGAUUAUUUGAAUCAACUGUGUAGUGCUAGAGCAAAAACCAAAACGUGCACCCCUUGGGGUUCCCAGGACCAAGUUUGGGAAAUCCUGCCUUAGGGCGUGACGACUUGAGGUUCUGAGCUCCGUGUACCUUUCUAUAAUACCCCAUCGACAUAAACGGAUACAUGCAGCAGCCUGUCAGCAGAGUUAUCAUUUAGUCCGUGAAAGGAGAAUUUCAUAUCCUCAGGAUAAUUUAUGCUUAGGAAAAUGUUCAUCAAAUAAUUGAUGACGGAAAGUAUUGGUUGGCUAUGAUGGUACAAACCAUUACCAUAGCAAACAAACAGACAUUUGCUUGGUUGUAAACAUGGUGUUGCCCACAGUGGGUGUGCUUGAUAUUAGAGUGAACAUCUUUCGUCUCUCAUUGCUUGGGAAUUAGGUAUUAUGAGAUCUGGGUCUGCUGACAGUGGUUUAAACAGUGGUUUAAACUUUACACCCCUAUGAGAAAAGACUGAGGCUGUGCAACUCCCAACCCCCACUUACAUUUUAUAAAGAUGGUAGCCUACAUAAUUAUAAAAAUGUUCUGUGUUGUGUUGACUGUCAAAGGGCUAUAUUUAACUCUUCAUGGUCAAGAAGAUUUGUGAGGGGAAGACUGCUUAUCCCAUAGCCUGGCAAAUACACCCUAAUUAAUGUUUUUAUGAUUUUAGAAAAGGUUAGAUCUCAUCUAAAACACAGUUUUCACUCCACAAAUGUCCCAACAAUGUGUAUUUCACCCCUGUAGCAGACAUCUGUGAGUGCAAUGGAAAGUCACGUUAUUGCCUGCCAGACUCUGGUGGCCUCCAUUGUGUGGACUGCCAAGACAACACUGAGGGAAGGCAUUGUGAAAGGUGCAAGGAGGGAUUUCACCACCAGAGGGCAGGAGACAGUUGUCUGCCGUGUAACUGCAGCCCUAUAGGUGAGUGAACAGAACAGGACGGAACAUGAAAUGAUAACAAAACCUGGGCCCGUAUUCAAAAGCGUCUCCGAAUAGGAGUUCUGAUCUAGGGUCAUUUUAGCCUUUUAGAUCAUAAUGAGUAAGAUGACAGGGGCAGGGGGACCUGAUCCUAGAUCAGUACUCUUACUCUGAGACUAAAUGAAUACGGCUCCUGGUGUAUUUUAGAAUGGUUUCCCAGAUGUCCAGGUUGUGAGGUGAUCUAUGGUGUUUCUUCCAGGUUCUGUAGGCUCACACUGUGACAGUAGAGGACGCUGCAGCUGUAGAGCGGGAGCACAUGGAGAGAAAUGUGACCGAUGUCUGAAUGGAACACCGAUCAGCUCAAAUGGCUGUGCUGCUAAUGGGUAAAACAAAGAUCAUUUCACUUUUUAUCCACACUUUGUAUUCCCUUCACUAAACCUUAAUGUUGAGCUGUGGAUUAGAUAGAUUGCUGACGAUUCAUGUAUUUCUUGUGCAGUGGCCAGCUCACUGACAACUCAGUGACAGCUCAAUCUCUACCUUGCUUUUGCUAUGGACACUCGACUGAGUGCUCCACAGCCAAGGGAUACUCAGUUCACACAAUCACCUCAACCUUCGACGAUGGUAAAUUUACACCCAUUCACCUGAUCAUAAAAUAAACAGCAGUAAUAUAUACACUAGUUCAUUUGGUAUAGUAUCAGUAGCUUAAAUGUCUUCCAAUCUUCUGUUUUUCAGGGCCAGAGGGGUGGCGAGCUGCCACAGCUAAUGGUGUGACCCCGUCUCAAGUCCACUUCCGCUGGUCCCCCACUCAUCAUGACAUUGAGGUCAUCUCCAAAGACAUCCUGCCUGUUUACCUCUAUGCCCCUGGUGAGAGCUGCUUUCUCUGCUCUCUGCUAUUGAUAUUGAUCCCUCACUGCCUUACUCAGGAGAAACUUUGUCUGCAUCCCAAAUGGAAACCUUUUCCCUAAAUAGUGCACUACUUUUGACCAGGGAUGAUAGGGCUCUGGUCAAAAGUAUUGCACUAUAUUGAAAAUUGGAUGCCAUUUGGAUGCAUCCUAUGCUUCAACUCCACAAAAAAUAAUGGGGGAAGUAUGAAAGUAUGCAAUAUUAUAGUGAGUACUGGAUGUGUUACACCACACGCCUCACCAUACAGUCACCAUUCAUCUUUUAUUAUGAUCCUAAAAUAAUCUGGUUUUCUUUCUUAUUUUGUGAUGGCUAGACUCUUACCUGGGCAACCAGGAGCUGAGCUACGGUCAGAACCUGUCCUUCUCCCUGAGGCUGGACCGAGGGGUUCGCCACCCGUCCACGGCUGAUGUGGUGCUGGAGGGAUCUGGGCUGAGCGUGGCAGCUUCCCUGGGAGACCUGAGGACCAUCGUUCCCUGUGGACAGAAGAUCACCUACACAUUCAGGUUGGAAUCAUGCCAGAGCACUGUGCCAGACAGAUAAGCUUGAUUUUAACGUUAAGCAAAAUGUAAAGUUAUAAACUUUUUUUAAACUACUGUUCCCUGAAGGAAGGAAAGAAGAUACAACACAUAGCUAUGGGGGUCUCGCGAGAGAAAUUGCGUAUCCCCAUAGCUGUGUGUCCCCAUAGCUGUGGAUCCCCAUAGCUGUGUAUCCCCAUAGCUGUGUAUCCCCAUAGCUGUGUGUUGUACCGAGUGUACUGACUGAUAGGGAACAGUCUGUCUCAGGGCAGGUACAAACUUAAUUUGAUCUGCGGGAGAUAAGUAUGCAGGUGUGGUGGAUAGUGAGAUGGAUGCCAAAGACAUAACAAUUAGAGACGAUUUCACAUAGUGGAUGUGGAGUGUGAAGGGGUCAAUGUUUAUCUCACACAACUGAUUGAAUGUAAAAGCUUAAUAACAGUUAGUAAGCCAGAGGGUCAUCUGCUUGUCUGAUUCAAAUUAAUUACAAUUAAGGGGAAAAUGGCUAGUUGCCAAGCAGCUUAUCUUUAAUGGUCAAAUCCAAUCCUGUCUACUACAACAAACCGCACCAUACCAGGACUGGGGUCAAUCCUGUCUACUACAACAAACCGCACCAUACCAGGACUGGGGUCAAUUCGAAUUGAAGGCAGUCAAUUCCGGAAUUGACUUUAAUAAAAUAAAAUAAAAACGUUUAAAAUAAAUAGUUUCUGGUCCUCAGUUUAUUUAGAAGUCAUUGAACAUUUUCACAUCUUUAAUUGUUAUUUAAGUUUACUUCCUGAAUAAACUGUAUUCAAUUCUAAUUGACCCAAGCCCUGCACCAUACAACACAUUAUUGUGACCAAUAUAGUAGCCUAAUACAGUAACAACACCAUUUUUUGCUUGCGUAAAUACAUGUUUCCAUAUUUAUUCUCAUAUUCAUUAUAGCUACAAUAUAUUUGCAGGAAUAAUUACAUAGUAAUAAGGAAAUGGUGGUGUAAAGUGUGACUGUGAAAUACUCAUGUUUCCUCAGGCUUUAUGAAUCUGUGCACUUCUUAGGUAAACAUAGCAUGCUUUGUCUUUCAUUCUCAGACUGGAUGAGCAACAGAGCAGUAAAUGGAGCCCCCUCCUUUCAUCUUUCCAGUUUCAAACACUCCUCCAGAAUCUGACUGACAUCAAAAUCCGUGGGACAUUUGGAGAAAAUGGUCAGUGCUUAUUUUUGUAUCACUCAGAUUAUGAGAUUGGUUACUGUGUACAUAAACAGAUCCUUGGUGUUACUCCUUCUCCUGAAUAUGUUGUUGUAAAUAAGUACUUUGGAACUGUUUUAAAUCUAGUUUAUUUCAGUAGUUUUUUUUUUUUAGAAUGUAAUCUUUCUAAAUCAGUUAUCAAAAAUGACAGUUGUACACAUCCUCAUCACAUUGCCUUGUCUUUAUCUUUUGUCAAUCACUCAAUAAAAAGCAAUGCUUACUGUCCUCUGUAGGGCGUGGUUACCUUGACAACGUGCAUAUGGAGUCUGCCCGUCGAGGUGCCGGGUCCCCAGCUGCAUGGGUACAGAAAUGUAGCUGCCCAGUGGGAUAUGAGGGCCAGUUCUGUGAGAAGUGUGCUGCAGGGUAUAAAAGAAGUUCCCCAAGCAAAGGUCCAUACAGCUCCUGUGAGCCCUGCAGCUGUAGAGGAGGAAGCUGUGACUCUGAAACAGGUCGGUGACAUUUGAACUUUGUCCCAAGUGUUACUGUAUGUUUGUCUUAAUAGAUUUUGUUAUUUUGCUGUUAAUGAUGAGAUUUGGGACAAAGCUCCUUUUGCAAUAUGCACUUCCCUGUAUAAGUUAUAGUUAUAGACAUGUUCAAAUCAAUGCUUGAAAUAUAAUGUUUAUUUGUUGUGAAAAUGAAUUUGAACAUGCACUAAAGUGAUAUGUGAUUUUGUGUUGUGUUGUUCCACAGGAGACUGUUACUCUGCAGAUGAGACCCCUGGUCGCCGAACCUGCCCGCCAGGGUAUUAUAAUGAUCCUGCCCAGCCACAGUCCUGUCUGAAGUGUCCCUGUCCCAAUGGAGGUGCCUGCUCUGUGAGCCCAGGAUCCCUUAAGGUCAAGUGUGACCUCUGUCCACCUGGCACCACUGGUGAGUCACAGUCACAAAUGGCACCCUAUUCCCUAUAUUGUGCACUUGGGUCCUGGUCAAAAGUAGUGCACUAUAUAGGGAAUAGGGUACCAUUUGGGACGCAACCACUGUCACAGACCAUUGCUGUUAGAUGGAAUAGACUAUUAGGGCAUUCAUCUUUCAAUGUCAGCUACAGUUGAAGUCGGAAGUUUACAUACACUUAGGUUGGAGUCAUUAGAACUUGUUUUUCAACCACUCCACACAUUUCUUGUUAACAAACUAUAGUUUUGGCAAGUCGGUUAGGACAUCUACUUUGUGCAUGACACAAGUAAUUUUUCCAACAAUUGUUUACAGACAGAUUAUUUAACUUAUAAUUCACUGUAUCACAAUUCCAGUGGGUCAGAAGUUUACAUACACUAAGUUGACUGUGCCUUUAAACAGCUUGGAAAAUUCCAGAAAAUGAUGUCAUGGCUUUAGAAGCUUCUGAUAGGCUAAUUGACAUCAUUUGAGUCAAUUGGAGGUGUACCUGUGGAUGUAUUUCAAGGCCUACCUUCAAACCCAGGGCCUCUUUGCUUGACAUCAUGGGAAAAUAAAAGAAAUCAGGCAAGACCUCAGAAAAUAUUUUGUAGACCUCCACAAGUCUGGUUAAUCCUUGGGAGCAAUUUCCAAACGCCUGAAGGUACCACGUUCAUCUGUACAAACAAUAGUACGCAAGUAUAAACACCAUGGGACCACGCAUCCGUCAUACCGCUCAGGAAGGAGACGCGUUCUGUCUCCUAGAGAUGAACGUACUUUGAUGCGAAAAGUGCAAAUCAAUCCCAGAACAACAGCAAAGGACCUUGUGAAGAUGCUGGAGGAAACAGGUACAAAAGUAUCUAUAUCCACAGUAAAACGAGUCCUAUAUCGACAUAACCUGAAAGGCACCUCAGCAAGGAAGAAGCCACUGCUCCAAAACCGCCAUAAAAAAGCCAGACUAUGGUUUGCAACUGCACAUGGGGACAAAGAUUGUACUUUUUGGAGAAAUGUCCUCUGGUCUGAUGAAACAAAAAUAGAACUGUUUGGCCAUAAUGACCGUCGUUAUGUUUGGAGGAAAAAGGUGGUUGCUUGCAAGCUGAAGAACACCAUCCCAACCGUGAAGCACGGGGGUGGCAGCAUCAUGCUGUGGGGGUGCUUUGCUGCAGGAGGUACUGGUGCACUUCACAAAAUAGAUGGCAUCAUGAGGAAGGAAAAUUACGUGGAUAUAUUGAAGCAACAUCUCAAGACAUCAGUCAGGAAGUUAAAGCUUGGUCGCAAAUGGGUCUUCCAAAUGGACAAUGACCCCAAGCAUACUUCCAAAGUUAUGGCAAAAUGACUUAAGGACAAUAAAGUCAAAGUAUUGGAGUGGCCAUCACGAAGCCCUGACCUCAAUCCUAUAGAACAUUUGUGGGCAGAACUGAAAAAGCUUGUGCGAGCAAGGAGGCUUACAAACCUGACUCAGUUUCACCAGCUCUGUCAGGAGGAAUGGGCCAAAAUUCAACCAACUUAUUGUGGGAAGCUUGUGGAAGACUACCCGAAACGUUUGACCCAAGUUAAACAAUUUAAAGGCAAUGCUACCAAAUACUAAUUGAGUGUAUGUAAACUUCUGACCCACUGGGAAUGUGAUGAAAGAAAUAAAAGCUGAAAUUAAUCAUUCUCUCUACUAUUAUUCUGACAUUUCACAUUCUUAAAAUAAAGUGGUGAUCCUAACUGACCUAAGACAGGGAAUUUUUACUAGGAUUAAAUGUCAGGAAUUGUGAAAAACUGAGUUUAACUGUAUUUGGCUAAGGUGUAUGUAAACUUCUGACUUCAACUGUAUUUGCACAUUAUAUACAGUACCAGUCAAAAGUUUGGACACAGCUACUCAUUCAAGGGUUUUUCUUUAUUUUUGACUAUUUUCUACAUUGUAGAAUAAUAGUGAAGACAUCAAAACUAUGAAAUAAGACAUAUGGAAUCAUGUAGUAACCAAAAAAGUGUUAAACAAAUCAAAAUAUAAACUAGCCACCCUUUGUCUUGAUGACAGCUUUGCACACUCUUGGCAUUCUCUGAACCAGCUUCAUGAGGAAUGCUUUUCCAACAGUCUUGAAGAGGUUCCCACAUAUGCUAAGCACUUGUUGGCUGCUUUUCCUUCACUCUGUGGUCCAAAUCAUCCCAAACCAUCUCAAUUGGGUUGAAGUCGGGUGAUUGUGGAGGCCAGGUCAUCUGAUGCAGCACUCCAUCCCUCUCCAUGGUCAAAUAGCCCUUACACAGCCUGGAGGUGUGUUUUGGGUCAUUGUCCUGUUGAAAAACAAAUUAUAGUCCCACUAAGCGCAAACCAGAUGGGAUGGCAUAUUGCUGCAGAAUGCUGUAGUAGCCAUGCUGGUUAAGUGUGCCUUGAAUUCUAAAAAAAUCACUGACAGUGUCACCAGCAAAGCACCCCCACACCAUCACACCACCUCCUCCACGCUUCAUGGUGGGAACAACACAUGCAGAGAUCAUCCAUUCACCUACUCUGUGUCUCAGAAAGACACGGUGGUUGCAACCAAAACUCUCAAAUUUGGACUCAUCAGACCAAAGGACAGAUUUCCACCGGUCUAAUGUCCAUUGCGUGUGUUUCUUGGCCCAAGCAAGUCUCUUCUUCUUAUUGGUGUCCUUUAGUAGUGGUUUCUUUGCAGCAAUUCGACCAUGAAGGCCUGAAUCACACAGUCUCCUCUGAACAGUUGAUGUUGAGAUGUGUCUGUUACUUGAACACUGUGAAGCAUUUAUUUGGGCUGCAAUCUGAGGUGCAGUUAACUCUAAUGAACUUAUCCUCUGCAGCAGAGGUAACUCUGGGACUUCCUUUCCUGUGGUGGUCCUCAUGAGAGCCAGUUUCAUCAUAGUGCUUAAUGGUUUUUGCGACUGCACUUGAAGAAACUUUCAAAGUUCUUGAAAUGUUCUGGAUUGACUGACCUUCAUGUCUUAAAGUAAUGAUGGUCUGUCGUUUCUCUUUGCUUAUUUGAGCUGUUCUUGCCAUAAUAUGGAUUUGGUCUUUUACCGAAUAGGGCUAUCUUCUGUAUACCACCCCUACCUUGUCAAACCACAACUGAUUGGCUCAAACGCAUUAAGAAGGAAAGAAAUUCCACAAAUUAACUUUUAACAAGGCACACCUGUUAAUUGAAAUGCAUUCCGGGUGACUACCUCAUGAAGCUGGUUGAGAGAAUGCCAAAAGUGUGCAAAGCUGUCAUCAAGGCAAAGGGUGGCUACUUUGAAGAAUCUCAAAUAUAAAAUAUAUUUUGAUUUGUUUAACACUUUUUUGGUUACUACAUGAUUCCAUAUGUGUUAUUUCAUCGUUUUGAUGGCUUCACUAUUAUUCUACAAUGUAGAAAAUAGUAAAAAUAAAGAAAAACCCUUGAAUGAGUAGGUGUGUCCAAACUUUUGACUGGUACUGUAUGUACAGUGUGUGUGUGUGUGUGUGUAUAUAUAUAUAUAUAUAUAUAUAUAUAUAUAUAUAUAUAUAUAUAUAUAUAUAUAUAUAUAUAUAUAUAUAUAUAUAUAUAUUUCAUAUUGUACCUACCUCUUCCUCCCUCCUCACUCUCAACAGGCUCACGUUGCCACACCUGCCAGGAUGGUUUCUAUGGUGAUCCCUUGGGAGAAGAUGGCGUCCAGAGGCCUUGUCGGCACUGCCAGUGCAACGGGCACAUGGACACCAACACUGUCCGUAGCUGUGACCCACGGACAGGGGAGUGCCUGAAAUGCCUAAAUCAUACCACUGGCUUCUUCUGUGAGAGCUGUCUGGAGGGCUAUCACCACAGCAUCCCAUCAGAGGCAUGCAAAUGUAAAGACAGCACCUUGUUCGCUCCCCAUAUCCAGCUCUUUCACACUUAGACAUGUGACACAUAGCUCCUCCUUUAAAUUCCAACAGUUAAAUAUUGUCUACAAUAUUAUAUACAUUUUAACAAUUGUUUUCAUUUUGCGGUCUAGCUUGUGGCUGCAAUUCCCAAGGCUCUCUGUACAACAAAUGCAGUAACCAGGGCCAGUGUUCAUGCAGGGAAGGCUUUGAAGGUCUGAAGUGCCAGCAUUCUGCAUGUCCCUCCUGCUUCAACCUUGUCAAGACCAAGGUAAAACCCACUGGGAUUAUUUGAUCAAUGCCUCAUCUUUCCAUUGAGGUCAAACAUGUCACAGUGCUCUCUUCAAUGAUUAAAUGGCAGCACUGUGUUCAUCCCAAAUGGCACCCUAUUCCCUAUAUACAGGCCCUGGUCAAAAGUACUACUCUAUAAAGAGAAUAGGAUGCCAUUUGAGACGUAGAUGCAAUAACUGGUCCAGAAAUUAGGCUACAGGCUGUGAUAUUUAUCCUGGCUUCACUGUGCUCACCCUGUCGCUGAUUCAACAUCCUUAAAGCUUAGUGGGUUAAUGAAGGAAUAGCUAGAAUGUUGGUAUGAAAGGAAGAUGUUUACAGAGUUGUGAUCUGGCAUCAGUAUUUCUUACAAGAGAAUAAUUCACAAGGUCCUCUCAGUAAAUAUAGCCUACUACCACCUGGGAGGAGAAAGUACUUGCCAGAUAAAUGAAAGAGUUGUGUUGGGGUGCAAACACCACGUAAUCUGGAGCUGCUCGGACUGUAUCCCAAAUGACACCCUAUUCCAUAUAUAGUGCACUACUUUCGACCAGAACCCUAUGGGCCCUGGUCAAAAGUAGCGCACUAAAUAGGGAAUAGAGUGUCAUUUGGGGUGCUCCCUGUCCUCAGGAUGUAGUGUGGAAGGAAUUACAAGGAGCACUAUGUGAAGCAUUGAAACACAACAGUUAACCUAUGAAGUUAUUUCAUUAUCAUAACACCUUGCAGGGUUUGAAUUUACUGCUCCAUCUCACACUUUGCCUCUAAUUACAUAUUCUGAAUGUAAUAUAUUGUCCUACAGUAUAGUAAAGCAGAGGUAUAUGUAUAUAUUUUUUGUAAACCUUUAAUUAGUAUUGCUAACCCAGACCCAAAUAGUUUGUGAAUGCUGGCCUCCAGCCAGCUAUCUUUUUGGGGACUCCGUAAAAACACGCCACUUUGAUGCAGCUACGACCGGAAGUGACUUUUCGUAGCAGGUUAGGAGAGCAUUUUUGCUAACCCUAACCCUUUUCCUAACCUUAACCUAAUUCUCCUAACCUGCUACGUUAAUUCUCCUAACCUGCUGCGUAAGUUCUUCUAACGAAAAAGUCACUUCCGGUCGUAGCUAUAUCAAAGUGGCGUGUUAUUAGGGAAUCUCAUAUUCUUGUCUAUCACCAGAGAUGAACCUUUCAUAAGCCCUUUUUAAAGCUUUCCUAUCCCGUUGGGUAAUGUGUUGCAGAUGGCGGGGUACACUCAUAAACUGCAGGAGAUAGAAACUAUUUUUACGGGCAUGGAGAGUGGCAGUCUGCCAGUUAACAACGCCCAGAUGGAGAAAGCCAUAAGAGCAGCAGAGGACAUAGUCACAGACCUGCAAAGGAAUGCACAGACACUCUCUGGUAAGUCAUACAUAAAUGGUUAUACAACGUAGAUACUUAAAGUGUCAGAGGAUCACUCAUUUGCUAAUGAAUCAACAUAUAUUAAAACCAUUCAGGAUAGUUAUCAGGCAUCUGAAACAUGUUGAAGCACCGUCCAUGUACUGUGUCUCUGUCACACCCCAACGUAUCUCACACUCAAUUUGUGAUGCAUUUGGUUUAGAAAGUGCGAGGCAGAUCUCAUGUUGGUGGUUUGUUUUGUUCUAUUGAAUAGAAUCAGAGAAAGACUUACAGGCCCGGCUCUCAGACAUCAGUGCAACCCAGCUGAGUGAAGGCAGAGACAUCCAGGCGAUCUCCAACACCAUCGACAACAUCAAGCUGCAGGACCAGAAGUACCAACGUCAGGUAUCUGAUGUCCAGAGACUCAUCAGCGAUGUGCGGCGCAAACUAGAAGAGGCAAGAUUCAACAUCAAACAAGCUGUGAGUAAUACAAUAGUACAGUAGUAUUCUACUUUUGUCACUGAUGUCAUUGUCAUCAAAUAAGGAGAGAGUAAGGAGAGACAAAUAUAUCCAAAUGUAUGCUUGUUAAUGAUCCAUUACAUUAGUGUUUACCUUCCACCCCCAUGUUAGGAAUUCCCCUUAGGUGAUGCAGAGGCGGGCACGGACACCCUCUCUUCUCUGGUUCAGAGAGCAACAGACCUGGCUGAAAAGUGAGUACUGCACCCCUCCAUAUCACAUUCAUACAGACUGAAGAAUCCCAUGUUAGAAAAUGACUUGUGGUGCUAUGGAUGACUCAAUGUUGUGACUGUUUAUUAGACACCAGAGCAAAGCGGGGACAGUGGAGAAGGCAGCAAACAGUGCCCUUGCAAAGUCAGAGAAGUCCCUGGCACUCAUGAGAUCUGUCAUGACAGGGGAAAACAAGAUCAAGGAGCUUAUCAGUGAUCUCAAAACCAAGUAAGAAACUCAUAUCUUCAUACAGUACAAUACCCAUGAUCUACUGUGAAAAUACAGUAGAGGAUAUAUCCUCUACUACCAGCCAUGUAAUGAUCUCCAUAAUAACAUAAUUGAUGAACCGUUGUUGUUAGAUUGAUGAUGAGAUUAACCCUUAGAUUUUUCUCUGGUCAGGUAUGAUGAGAACUCAGCCCAGGUGAAGGCCAUGGAGAGCCUGGCCACUCGCCUGAGCAGCUCUGCCCGAGAUGAGAGCAGGAUGGCAACUAACACUCUGGAGCAGAUAGCCUCCCUGGAGCUGGGAAUCCCUGGUCCUCUCAAGGUACUGAGCAGAACAGGCCUCUCAUCAGGCUCAUUUCUCUCAGGUCUCUAUUUGGUGACUACUCCCAGGUCAUGUCUUUUGAGGUAUCUUUAAAAUUAUAAUAAGCAUACAUUGGAAAUCAAGGAGAGAAAAAAACAUUCAAUUUCAACACCUUUCACUAUGAACAUUAUGAAAUCAUUGUUUCUAACUAUUGGCAGCUGAACCUGUCUCAAGGCAUGUCUGUAAAGCUAGAUCUCUAAAUUGUUUCCUUGCUAUGCUACAUUUAAACAUAACAAAGCAAUUAAUGAUCAAGAACAUGAGUCAUCAAAAAUUACGACAUAAUUAAAACCUGGCUGGUGAGGAAUCUAGGGCAGUUCUCCACAGAUUUGUAAGCAUAUGUAAUUACACUUGCACAACACACGGAGUCUGACUGAGCUUCUUUUUCUGGCAAAAGGACAUUGACGGUGUGGUGGCCAAAAUGGCUGGCCUGAGAGAACGGGUGGAGAAGGACCUCAUAGGGUACCAGGCACUGCAAGAGGACACCCAGGAGGACAAGGCCGCAGUAGAGGAUCUCCUGGCCCAGGGGAAGGCAGCUCAACAGGUACACUAGAGGCCUUUCACUAUUCACUCGUCAACAUUUAGACAUCUUUUUAUGUAGGAUUGGUAGUAUAUAAAAUAUUAUUACUUAUAUUCCAACUUCAAAGGUUUCUGAGAACUAUUUUCAUGCGACCUCUGAAAUGCACUAUUAGAUUAUCCAACUGAACUAUUUAAAUAGUGUAUAAUUAGCUUAUGACUUCACUAAACCUUAUGAAUGGUAAUAACUGACACAGUGUUGAUUGUUGGCAUUUCUCUCCUACAGAAAUAUGACCAGCUCCUUGACAGAGCAAAUGCUGCGAAGGCUGACACAGAACUGGCCCUGAAGGAUAUCACAGAUAAUAUUGAUGGGGUGGAUAAUGUACUGGAGAUGCUAAGAGGUAUGAAAAGCCUUUCAUAUUUCUAUAGGUCUUAUUCCCACUACAGCACAGUAGAAAUAUUAAUGAACUAUCAGCAUUUUAUCUGACAAGGCUGGUCCACAUAUUAGAAAAGCAGUUACACAGCAACUAUAAUUAUAUCUCAGAGCUUUUACAUUGAGUGUAAAAAAACAUUAAGGACACCUGCUCUUUCCAUGACAUAGACUGAUAAGGUAAAUCCAGCUGAAAGCUAUGAUCUCUUAUUGAUGUCACUGUUGUUAAAUCCACUUCAACCAGUGUAGAUGAAGGGGAGGAGACAGGUUAAAGAAAGGAAUUUCAAGCCUUGAGACAAUUGAGACAUGGAUUGUGUAUGUGUGCCAUUCAGAUGGUGAAUGGGCAAGACAAAAUAUUUAAGUGCCUUUGAAAGGGGUAUGGUAGUAGGUGCCAGGCCAAGCGCACCAGUUUGUGUCAAGAACUGCAACGCUGCUGGUUGUUUUCACGCUCACCAGUGUCCUGUGUGUAUCAAGAAUGGUCCACCACCCAAAGGACAUCCAGCCAACUUAACACAACUGUGGGAAGCAUUGGAGUCAACAUGGGCCAGCAUCCCUGUGGAACGCUUUUGACACCUUGUAGAGUCCUUGCCCCGACGAAUUGAGGCUGUUCUGAGGGCAAAAGGGGGUGCAAUUCAAUAUUAGGAAGGUGUCCUUAAUGUUCUGUGCACUCAGUGUAUUUCUCAGUUUAAUCAAUAAUGAAAUUCAACAGCACUACAGGCAGUUACAGUAGGUGAAAGUUUAUCAUUAAAAUGUUAUUUUACUUUUCACCAAAAACAAUGAUUCUCUCACCUAGAAAGCGUUUAACAUAUUUAUUACAUAGUAUCUACGACAUAGCAAGGCAAAUAUAUUUCAAACGGUAUAACUAUUCAUAGGUUGCACCUCCGUCACAUCAUGUCAUUGUUAUGAAUGUUCUCCAAGCCGCGCUCUACCGGUGACGCAAUAGUGGUGCCCUAAAGUUGUGAUAAGCCCAGUCAUUCUGGACGGAAGCUAAUGACAGUUUAGUCUAAAUUACUAUUACAAUUGCCUGGAAAUACGAUUAAAUUGCUAAAGUAGUCAAAUGUUUAGUAGGAAACAACUUUGCCAGCAUUAUCAUGUUGUCAAAUUUACUUUAGACAGAUGGCAAUGUUGUCAUUAGCUAGCAAAGUUCGUAAAAAAUAGCUAGCAAUGCUAACGUUAGUUAGCUAGAAUCCUCCCCUCAAUCUUAGCUAGCUGGCUAACGUUAUACUGCAUCUAAAGUCAAUCUGGUGACAUCAAAAGGUUGUCCUUCUAAUUAUUUGUCUCCAUUUGAAUGGCAUUGUAUUUCCAAGCCACUGUGAUGCACUUUUGCUGAGAUCUCCAUCAAUGCAUUGAGUAGAAUUCUCAGUUUGGCAUCAGUCCAAAACGAAUGUUGAAAACAAUAUUGUGACGAAACAUGCAACCCAUGAAUAGACAUACAUGCCAGAAAACUCUGAUGGUUAUGUCUGAGUCUCUUGUAUUCUGCAGGGUUUGAUGGCCAGAUCAACAAGAACAAGACUUUGGCCGACGAGGCCAUAAAGAAACUCCCUGGCAUCAACGCCACCAUUCAUCAAGCUGUUGGCAACAACUCAGAGACCCUAUUCAUCAUAGGCAGUGUGUCUGGAGACUACAAUGAUGCACUGGGCACUGUCAGCAGCCUGGAAGCUGUGGUCUCUCGACUGGAGGUACCUUAACAGACCCCUUCCUUUCAAUAGAAAUAUCCAACUGGGGUUCAUAUGAUAAUCCACAGCUUGUGCCUUUAGCUAGAAGCUCUAGAAGGAGAAUGUCAGUUGGGCAAAACAAUGAGGUUAAUGUCUCGAGUCACUUAUGCUUAUGAGUCUAUUUGAUUCCAGACAUGGCCUAUUCACAACCAAAAUACUAAAAUCAUAGGUUACCAGGCAUGAUUCCAAAUGUAUUUUACAAAGCACACAUGGAAACUUCAAGAUGAGCUCAUUUGACUGUUUCUUGAUCUCCGCAGGGAAUGUCCGGCUCGUUACCAGUUCCUCCUGCUGGUCUGUUGAAGGACGCCACUAAGCUGAAAGAGGACGUGCAGGGACUGCAGAAGCAGGCAGUGGCCACCGUGGCCAAAGUGGCAUCAGAGAGGGCCAACGCUGAGAUACAGAUAGACAGAGCUGCAGAGGUCCGUUUCAGUGUGAUGCUCUCAGACAUAACAUGCUAUACCUAAACAAACCUUGGUCAAUGUAAAGGCUUGACGUGAAACACUCCAGUACACCACUCCAGUACACACAAAUGGUUCUUAAAAUAAAUAGAUUUUUUCCCAAUUAAAGGUCUGUUUUUAAUGCUUUGUAAUGUACUUUCCUCAUCAGGCUUUAUUCGGAGCAACUGGUGCUUACAACAAUGCCAAGCACAUCAGAGACGCUGUGGGCGAAACACUCCUGGUCAUCAAUAACCUUCUGAGCAUGAUCGGUAUGUUCCACCAACUACAAACAGCUAACUCACACAAAACAAAGUCACUUGUAUUUUUGUCUUAUUGCCGCAUCAUCCCAUCUUCAUAUGACCACUGUUUUAUGACAUUAUUAUGAAGUUUGUUGGUGCUGACAAUUGGUACUCUCCUAACAGGUAAUCCAGGCAGUGUGGACGAGGAGAGGCUAGGUGAGUUGGAGCAGUCCAUCGCCAGCGCUCGUGGCCAGGUUAACCAGCAGCUACGGCCUCGACUGCAGGACCUGGAAGAGAAGGAGGCCGGCCAGAGGACCAAGUUGACUGGCCUCAACCUAGAUAUUGAUAUGGUCCUGGACGACAUCAGGAACUUGGAGGACAUCCACGCCAACAUCCCUAA